AUGGCCCUGCUACCCCUGAAAGGCAAGGUGUUUGCGAUCACAGGAGGUGCGAGCGGCAUCGGCCUCGCUACCGCCAAGAACCUCUCCAGCAAGGGCGCCACAGUCUGCAUAGCAGAUGUCGACCCGGCCGCCUUGACCUCGGCAGAGGCCUUCUUCAGCUCGCAGACCCCCCCAAGGAGGUUUGAGACCGCCAGGGUGGACGUCUCGCAGCGGGUCGAGGUCGAUGCGUGGAUUGCAGGCAUCCUCCAGACUUUUGGGCGGCUUGACGGCGCGGCCAAUGUGGCGGGGAUCAUCGGGAGAGGCCACGGGCGAGACGCCGUGACGGACCUGGACGACGGCGAGUGGGACCGUAUCCUGUCGGUGAACCUGACGGGGAUGAUGUACUGCCUCCGGGCAGAGCUGAGGAGCGUGGUGGACGGCGGGUCGAUUGUGAAUGUCUCGUCGAUCCACGGGACAAAGGGCUUCGCGCAGCAUGCUGCCUACGACGCCAGCAAACAUGGCGUGAUCGGGCUGACGAAGGCUGCGGCCCAGGAGAACGGCGCCAGAGAGGUAAGGGUCAACGCCGUCGCCCCGGGAGCGAUUUACACGCCCCUGAUGCAAAAGAACUGGGACCUGGUCGGGCGCUCGGCGGAUGCGCCCUUUGAUGACCCGAGCGCGAUUCCUCGACAGGGCACCGCGGAGGAGGUGGCCAAUGUGAUCAGCUUCCUGCUGGGGCCCGACAGCACCUUUGUGAGUGGGGGUGUGUAUGCUGUAGAUGGAGCGUGGGUGUAA